GGAGCGGACAAGCUAACAGAGUUUACUCCAAACUCUCCGGAGCAUCUUUAGCUUGCUGUUAGCAUAGCUCAGCUAGAUAGUUAGCCCCAGCAUGGGCGAUGAUGGAAGUGUAAUUCCUAGGCUCAGCAACAUGAAGGCGUUGCUGGGAAUAGUCGCUGGAGCUGGAGCCUCCUAUGGGAUUUACAAACUGAUUAGCGGGGGGAGCUUCAAAAGGAACAAGAAGAGCGUGAAAGAGAGUGACAGUGGUGCUGUCAGGACGAGCAGUCAGCCCAGUGACACUGCUCUGAAGCCGGGGAGCCUGUUGGCUAAAGUGUCUGGACUGGAUGUUGUCUGUCCACGACCUGCGCAUGUUGCAUCAGGCGACAUCAUCCAUCAGUCUCCUGGUAACCUGGAGCCACAGCAUCUGAAAAUGCUGUUGUCUUGUCUGCAGACCAGCAAUAAUCAAUCUGAAAGAUGUCAGAUUCUACUUACUUUAGGAAAUGCUGCUGCCUUCACAGUGAAUCAGAAUCUAAUCCGGGAAUUUGAAGGGAUUCACAUCAUUGCUGGUUACCUCUCUGAUCCUGUGGCAGAAGUUCGAGUGCAGACUCUGAACGCUUUAAAUAAUCUGUGUAUGAAUAUACAAAACCAGGAGCAAAUAAAGGUUUAUGUGUCUCAAGUGCUGGAACUAAUUGAAAUGUCACCAGUGAAUUCUGACCUUCAGCUGGCUGCUCUCAGGCUACUGACAAACCUUUCAGUCACAGACAAACAUCAACACCUGCUCAAGGAAUCGGUUACACUUUUACUGUCUCUAUUGGUCGUGAGCAGCGAAGCAUUACAGGUUCAGGCUUUGAGGGUCCUUGUGAAUUUGUCUUCUAAUCCAGAUAUAAUGGAUGAUAUUGUUCAAGCUCAGGCUCCAGCCUCUGUUGUGCUGCUGUUCGACACACGAACCGCUCCCCCCGUGCUUUUGCGACUGCUGACAUUUGCAGGAAACUUAAAGGCCUGGAGGCCCUCGGACCAGGUGGCACAUGAACUGAGGAGAAAGCAGGAUUGCCUCUUCCGGGUCAUGUUGGAUGAAUCCUCCCAGCUCCACAGCAGACUGGUCCAGCUGCUUUCACACCCAGAUGGGGAGAUUCAGGCCCAGGUGGCUCGUAUCUUAACAUAGUCCUCUCUGUCUGUCUGCCCUGUCUGUCAUGCACAGCUUUUGCAUCCACACAUUUUGCCAAAGCCAUUAACCCAUAGCCUCCUAAAAGUUCAAUUAUAAAUCUGCUUACAUAAAAAUCAGGCUGUGGAUUCUCAUCUUACGCUCCCACACUCUAACUACAGUUUUCCACAGAUCAAUAUUACUACCACACAAAUCUAAAUGGUCUACUGCUUCACCUCACCAGCCACUUUUGCCCAAUAUACAGUUACAUGCACAUUAAUUAAUUGAUGAGCUGUGAGUGAACAGGAAGCAGGGAAGAAAACAUUCAAUAGAGUGUAAAAAAACAGGCUACCUCUCCCUGUUUUUCUGCUUCUGCCAAGAGUUUUACUCAAAUGACUAUUUUCCUUCAAAGAUCCACAGUGCCCUUCCUUCUGAGAACCUUGCAUUCUUUCUCUAAAGAUAUUUUCCAGGUGAAAUUUCUGAACCCAAUUGCACUGCCAAAUGUUUUCUAGAGAAUGUAUGUAAUCUGUGCAAUGUUGACCCAAUAUAUUACCAGCUGUGGUACAGAGAGACACUGGGAAGCAGGGAGGGUUUCUUGUUUGCAAUCCUCAGCAUGCCUCAAAGACACCAGUGACACUGCAGCUCCAGCCAUUUAUAUUAUUAUGUCACUAAGUUGUAUUUAAGUAGUCUUUUCAAUGAAAACAAGAUCUUUUUUGUCCGUGUAUUUGAUUUGAGAAGCUGAAUCAUGAUUAUAGGAGAACCAAAGCGAGGUAAAGCUACAGUGGGGAUAGCCUAACUUUCUCUACUGAAACUCUUGGUGUUUCUCAAAGUCAGGGUUGGAUCCUCGGCUGAAUUUGAAAGACGCUGCAUUAUCACACCCUGCUGAAUGACUGUUCCAAUUUACAAGAUUACAAGAUACUGCAGAUUCUUAUGGACUGAGUCCUUCACAUAGAGAAGGAUGCAUGUUGUGUAUCCUCAGAGCAGCCAUAAUCCUUAGUACAUUAAUGUUUUAUUAGGCAUUUAAACAUUUUUGCUACUGUAGCAUAUACAUUUCUCCUUUUUUUACAAGUUUUUGGUGUAGCACCACCGUUAUCUAUUUACCCCCUGUAUGGCAUUUAUUUAAUUUGAACCACUGAAGGUGGGACCUUCUUGAUGAUGUAAUGACACACACUUGCUACAUUGUUCCUUUAAGACCUGGGUCAUACUUUUCAUAUGCUCACGGUUCUGUUUAUGAAAAAAAGAGGGUUCCUGACAGUCUGGCUUUGUGCACAUGUGCACGGAAUCUCUUGAUGUCUCACCAGAAAAUUCCUCCUUUGUAUGUGCUUGUAUUCUUUGAGCCAUGGGUAUUGCAGAUUCUCUUCUUCAUUGUCUCUUUUGACCAAAACAAUACUGCACCACAAAUGACUGGAAAGUGUGCCACAGGAAGCAUGCAAAUACCGUGGAAAUGAGGGGAUCAUUAAAUUAAUGCACAUGGAACCUAGUGGACCUCUGCACAUGUGAAUGCAUAAAGUAGGAUCCAGUCCUUUCCAGAAUGCUGAGACUGUCUCUGUAGUACAUGACUUUGAAGGAUCCUUGACUUUGAGAAACACCAACUGCCUUUCCCAUGUUGUAAAUGUUACCUGAGUUGAUCAUGGUGCUUGUUAUUGAAACCAGUGUUGGGUAAGGCCAUCCACAGCUGCCUGAACUGGGAUGCACUGGUGUUAUUGAAUGUCUCAUCUGGCUCACAAUUACCUGCAAAUCCUCCAGGGAGGACCUGGAGGAAGUCACAUAGUGGAAAAAGGAUGUCUGAACUUCUACCAUUGUUAUACGGACACAUUUGACUUAAAAAUAAACAGAGGAGUGGUUGACCUUGGACAAAAGCUCUUUGUUAAAAAUGUUUUAUGCAUAAAAUCGUGUUUGUGGAAUGACAAAUGUGACUGAGUUACUGUAUGUACACAGGCAUUGUCACUGUAAUAAGACAGAUUCCCAACAGGAUAGAAGCUGUGAAACCUGCAAUCUACUCACUUGCAUUUACAGAAAAGAAGGUGUAGGUCCAUCCACCCCCCAACAUGCAUGAAGAAUGAGGUAAAGAUAAUGCCAGAAUAUGGUUUUUAAUGCAAGGAUUUUAUAGCAUGAGUCAGACCAGGUGUUAAGAAAUGCUGCACACUUUACAUGUUUGGAUACUGACUUAAUUUAAUCUAAAUCCUACAUAUGUCUCAGGCAAUAGGGUUUACCAGAGCAGAUACAGUAGGUUUACUUGUGAACUAGAUCUUAUUUAUUUACUGAAGAUAGUCAGUAUUUUGCCUAUAAAAUAAAAAAAAAAUGUUUGUGUGUUUGAAUGGUUCAAUAAAGACUUGUGAAAGUCCA